AUGAAGAGUGAUAUGAGGGGGAUGAAGCUGAAGAAGAAGAGUCCAGCGAUGAGUUGGGUUGAAGUCGAUAGAGAGAUGCAUACAUUUAUGGCUGGAGAUUUGUCUUCACAUAACUCGGAGCGGAUUCUUGAAACUCUUGAGGAGCUGAUCAAGAAAGCUAAAGAUAUGGGGUAUUUUGAAGACAAAAGCUGUGUGUUUCAAGACGUGGAGGAGAGUGCAAAAGAGAGAUCUUUGCAUCAGCAUAGCGAGAAACUGGCCAUAGCUUUUGCGGUUUGGAGAAAUGUUGGUGGAAGUAUAAGGAUUCUAAAGAACCUUAGAAACCUUCACUCAAAGAUUGAGGAGAGGUACAAUGAUCUCAACAACAAGUUCAGAGUUUUGGAGAACCAGUUUGCUGCCAUAAACACUUACCAAAAUCGCCAACAAGAUUCUUUACCUGGAAAAUCUGAGCAAAACCCCAAAGAGACCAUGAAAGCUAUCACCCUCAGGAGUGGUAAGGAGUUACCUCAUAGAGCUCUCACCAAGGAUGCUGAGAAACAAGGUGAGGGGGUGGCCAUCAACAUAGAUGAUGAAAUGUGUCAUCAUCCAGAGGCUGUUGUUCCAAAGAAGCUUGAAGAUCCAGGAUGCUUCACAUUACCUUGUGUUCUUCGACCUAUGGUAUUUGAGAGAUUGAAGUACCCUGUGAGUAUCUUGGAGGACCUCCCCGUGAUGGUUGGAAACUAUGAGAUCCCUACAGACUUUGUGGUGCUUGAGAUGAGGCACAUUCUCCACUUUGACAUCAAGGACGUAAUGAAGAAACCAACGGUUCAAGGGCAAGUCUUCUACAUUGAAGAGAAGGACGCCCUUGUUGAUGAGCUCCUUGAAGAGUUAUCACUAGAAGACCCUCUACAGCAUGCUUUGACGAUAGAGAGAGAGAGAGAGAUUCUUAAAUUCUUAAAUGCUGGUGUUAUUUAUCCUAUUUCAGAUUCUAAAUGGGUAUCUCCCAUGCAUGUUGUACCAAAACAAGGUGGUAUCACUGUAAUUAAAAAUGACAAGGAUGAAUUGAUACCAACAAGAACAGUCACUGGGCAUAGGAUGUGUAUUGAUUACCGCAAACUGAACUCUACAUCUAGAAAAGAUCAUUUUCCACUUCCAUUUAUUGAUCAGAUGCUUGAGAGACUUGCAAAUCACCCAUUCUAUUGUUUCCUUGAUGGGUAUUCAGGAUUUUUCCAAAUCCCCAUACAUCCCAAUGAUCAAGAGAAAACGACAUUCACAUGUCCCUAUGGUACCUUUGCAUAUCGAAGGAUGCCAUUUGGUCUAUGUAAUGCUCCAGCCACCUUUCAAAGGUGCAUGAUGUCAAUCUUCUCUGAUCUAAUUGAGGAUGUUGUGGAGGUGUUUAUGGAUGAUUUCUCUGUUUACGGAUCUUCAUUUUCUGCUUGUUUGUCAAAUUUGUGCAGAGUCCUACAGAGAUGUGAAGACACCAACCUUGUGCUGAAUUGGGAGAAGUGUCACUUCAUGGUUAAGGAAGGUAUUGUGAUGGGACACAAGAUUUCAGAGAAGGGGAUUGAGGUGGAUAAAGCCAAAAUCGAUGUUAUGAAGAAAGAUGGCAAGACCCAUGUGAUCUACUACGCGAGCCAAACCCUGAAUGAUGCUCAGAUGAGGACAGCUUACAAGACACCUCUAGGGACCACACCUUUCAACCUAGUGUACGGGAAAGCUUGCCAUCUGCUAGUGGAUCUUGAGUACAAGGCACUAUGGGCAGUAAAGUUGCUGAACUUUGACAUCAAGAGAAAGCUUAAGUCAAGGUGGUCCGGUCCUUUCAAGGUCAAGGAGUUUAGGCCAUAUGGGGCAAUAGUUUUGUGGAGCACUGAUGGAAGAGACUUCACAGUCAAUGGGCAAAGGGUUAAGUUCUACAUGGCGACUGCGCCAGAGGAAGAUGGGGUUUCAACUCCACUUUCUGAUCCUACCCCGGCCUAA